AUGGCGAUGAUCUCUCUACGUUCUUCAAGCUCAUUGCAGCUCAUUUGUUCCUCUGUUUCUUCUAAACGAUCCUCUCUUUUACCAUAUACGUUUUCGUCUUCGAUUGUUUCUGUUCCUUUCUCCGGAUUGAAAUCCAAUCGCACUUCCGUUUCGCCGACCUUGAGACCUCGUGUGGUUUUCGCGAGAGCUAGCACUGAAACCACUGAUGCCGUCACUGAUUACAGGGAAGAUAUCGGCGAAAUCCUCGGCGAUGUCUCCAUUUUUACUGCUUCUGGCGAGCGCGUUCAAUUCAGUGAUCUCUGGGAUCAGAACGAUGGAGUUGCUGCUGUUGUGCUUUUGAGGCAUUUCGGAUGCGUUUGCUGUUGGGAGCUUGCUACAGCAUUGAGAGAGGCGAAACCUAGAUUUGAAGCGGCUGGAGUUAAGUUGGUGGCUGUUGGUGUUGGGACUCCUGAUAAGGCUCGUUUGCUUGCCACUAGGUUACCUUUUCCCAUGGAAUGCCUUUACGCUGAUCCUGAACGCAAGGCGUAUGAUGUUCUUGGUUUAUACUAUGGUUUAGGCCGCACUUUCUUCAACCCAGCUAGCGCUAAAGUCUUCUCAAGAUUUGACGAAUUACGAGCAGCUACAAAGAAUUACACCAUUGAAGCCACUCCUGAAGACAGAAGCAGUGUCUUGCAACAGGGAGGUACGUUUGUGUUCAGAGGCAAGAAACUAUUGUACGGUCGAAAAGACGAAGGAACUGGAGAUCAUCCAUCUCUAGAUGAUGUCAUCAAUGUCUGUUCCAAAGCCGCUGUUGCUUGA